AUGGCUUUCAGAAUCAAUCUCCCUCCUGUCACUCGCGGGCUGCUCGCCAUCACUGUUGGAUUGACCUUGCUAUAUAACAUCGCACGAUGGCGCCUAUCCCAACCUGAUCCAUCCUCCACAACCCCGGUGAAUCCGGCUUUACGGCCCUACGUGCCAUACUUGGCUCUCAUUCCCUCCGUAUCUCUAUGGUAUCCUUGGACUUUCUUGAGUGCAACAUUUGUCGAACAAAACAUCAUCACUCUCCUGGUGAACGGAGCUACCAUCCUAUUUGGUGGGAGAUAUCUUGAAAGAGCAUGGGGGUCGCAAGGAUUUACAUAUGUCAUCCUCAUCGCCUCCAUCAUCCCUAAUCUAUUGGUCGUUCCAACAUAUAUCUUCUGGGCUGCCAUCACGGGCAAUCCUGAGAGAGCGCUUACCCCAAUAACUGGAGGCAUUACCACGCAAGCCGCUUUUCUGGUCGCUUUCAAGCAAUUGGUUCCCGAACAUACAGUGAGCAUUUACAAAGGCAUGAUCAAGAUGAGGGUCAAACAUUUCCCAGGAAUAUUUCUAGCGGUGAACACACUGUCCGGCUUCCUUCUUGGGACAGACACUGCGCUCAUCCUGGCUUGGUAUGGCUUGAUAACGACCUGGACCUAUCUUCGAUUCUUCAAACGGCAACCAGACCUUUCUGGAUCAAGCACCGAGAAUCACGGACCCAAAGGCGACGCAAGCGAAACUUUCGCAUUUGCCACCUUUUUCCCCGAUAUCAUUCAGCCUCCUAUCGCAGCUCUCAGCAACCAGAUUUACAUCUUCUUGUGUAAUCUCAAAGUUCUAAAAUCAUUUUCCGACGAGGAGAUUGCGACUGGUAAUGAACAAGCCGCCGCUCGUGGGGAUUCUGGACUGCCCAGUUUCAAUCGACAAGCUCGUGGUGCUCGGGGGAUGAGUAAACGUGAAGAGGCGGAAAGGCGACGUGCUCUGGCAUUGAAGGCUUUGGAUGAAAGGUUGAAUGCAGCAAGUAGUCGCGCGGCUCCUCAAACUACCACACCUAGUGCACCAGAUCUCCCGAAAGGACACGAAAUGCUCGGACACACCGAUUACCGUCCAGAUGAGUAG